AUGGCCGCAUUAUUCGUUCUGUCUUGGACUCCGAAUCACAUUGCAAACCUGCUUAUCGGAGCGUUCAAACUAAAUAAUGAGGCCAUGGAAAUCUUUUUGGAUUUCUCCAUGUUGAUCGCGCUAUCUAAUGCGGUAACCGGUCCUCUCCUACUCAUCGCUACCUGUUCCGUCUAUCAUCGAUAUUUGAGACAUCUUUUCGCUUGUCACGGGAUAUGCCCGGGGUCCAGACCUGGACUGCAAACAACCACAGUGUCUAUACGCUCGUCCCUAAGUAUCUUGUCGCAAGCGGUCAACCUUGCCGCACUCCCCGGACGUGAAGAACAUAACCCGCAGCAUUUAGAAGUCGCUCCACAUGUUAUUCACUCGGUGGCCAGUGAUUUCGACAACACAAACAUCGAAUAA